AUGCUAGAUUAUUUUUUCAAGUUAAAUGUCCUAUCAUCUACCCUCUUCAUCACAAGUGUCAUCUACCCUCUUCAUCACAAGCGUCAUCUACCCUCUUCAUCUCAAGUAUCAUCUACCCUCUUCAUCACAAGUGUCAUCUACCCUCUUCAUCCCAAGAGUCACCUACCCUUUGCAUCUCAAGUAUCAUCUACCCUCUUCAUCACAAGUGUCAUCUACCCUCUUCAUCACAAGCGUCAUCUAUCCUCUUCAUCUCAAGUAUCAUCUACCCUCUUCAUCACAAGUGUCAUCUACCCUCUUCAUCCCAAGAGUCACCUACCCUUUGCAUCUCAAGUAUCAUCUACCCUCUUCAUCACAAGUGUCAUCUACCCUCUUCAUCACAAGCGUCAUCUACCCUCUUCAUCUCAAGUAUCAUCUACCCUCUUCAUCACAAGUGUCAUCUACCCUCUUCAUCCCAAGAGUCACCUUCCCUUUGCAUCUCAAGUAUCAUCUACCCUCUUCAUCACAAGUGUCAUCUACCCUCUUCAUCACAAGCGUCAUCUACCCUCUUCAUCUCAAGUAUCAUCUACCCUCUUCAUCAAGUGUCAUCUACCCUCUUCUUCCCAAGAGUCACCUUCCUUUGCAUCUCAAGUAUCAUCUACCCUCUUCAUCACAAGUGUUAUCUGCCCUCUUCAUCACAAGCGUCAUCUACCCUCUUCAUCUCAAGUAUCAUCUACCCUCUACAUCACAAGUGUCAUCUACCCUCUUCAUCACAAGCGUCAUCUACCCUCUUCAUCUCAAGUAUCAUCUACCCUCUUCAUCACAAGUGUCAUCUACCCUCUUCAUCCCAAGAGUCACCUUCCCUUUGCAUCUCAAGUAUCAUCUACCCUCUUCAUCAAAAGUGUCAUCUACCAUCUUCAUCACAAGCGUCAUCUACACUCUUCAUUUCAAGUAUCAUCUACCCUCUUCAUCACAAGUGUCAUCUACCCUCUUCAUCCCAAGAGUCACCUUCCCUUUGCAUCUCAAGUAUCAUCUACACUCUUCAUCACAAGUGUCAUCUACCCUCUUCAUCACAAGCGUCAUCUACCCUCUUCAUCUCAAGUAUCAUCUACCCUCUUCAUCACAAGUGUCAUCUACACUCUUCAUCCCAAGAGUCACCUUCCCUUUGCAUCUCAAGUAUCAUCUACCCUCUUCAUCACAAGUGUCAUCUACCCUCUUCAUCACAAGCGUCAUCUACCCUCUUCAUCUCAAGUAUCAUCUACCCUCUUCAUCCCAAGAGUCACCUUCCCUUUGCAUCUCAAGUAUCAUCUACCCUCUUCAUCACAAGUGUCAUCUACCCUCUUCAUCACAAGCGUCAUCUACCCUCUUCAUCUCAAGUAUCAUCUACCCUCUUCAUCACAAGUGUCAUCUACCCUCUUCAUCCCAAGAGUCACCUUCCUUUGCAUCUCAAGUAUCAUCUACCCUCUUCAUCACAAGUGUCAUCUACCCUCUUCAUCCCAAAGUCACCUUCCCUUUGCAUCUCAAGUAUCAUCUACCCUCUUCAUCACAAGUGUCAUCUACCCUCUUCAUCACAAGCGUCAUCUACCCUCUUCAUCUCAAGUAUCAUCUACCCUCUUCAUCACAAGUGUCAUCUACCCUCUUCAUCCCAAGAGUCACCUUCCCUUUGCAUCUCAAGUAUCAUCUACCCUCUUCAUCACAAGUAUCAUCUACCCUCUUCAUCACAAGCGUCAUCUACCCUCUUCAUCUCAAGUAUCAUCAACCCUCUUCAUCACAAGUGUCAUCUACCCUCUUCAUCCCAAGAGUCACCUCCCCAUUGCAUCUCAAGUAUCAUCUACCCUCUUCAUCACAAGUGCCAUCUACCCUCUUCAUCACAAGCGUCAUCUACCCUCUUUAUCUCAAGUAUCAUCUACCUUCUUCAUCACAAGUGUCAUCUACCCUCUUCAUCCCAAGAGUCACCUUCCCUUUGCAUCUCAAGUAUCAUCUACCCUCUUCAUCACAAGUGUCAUCUACCCUCUUCAUCACAAGCGUCAUCUACCCUCUUCAUCUCAAGUAUCAUCUACCCUCUUCAUCACAAGUGUCAUCUACUCUCUUCAUCCCAAGAGUCACCUUCCCUUUGCAUCUCAAGUAUCAUCUACCCUCUUCAUCACAAGUGUCAUCUACCCUCUUCAUCACAAGCGUCAUCUACCCUCUUCAUCACAAGCGUCAUCUACCCUCUUCAUCUCAAGUAUCUACCCUCUUCAUCACAAGUGUCAUCUACCCUCUUCAUCCCAAGAGUCACCUUCCCUUUGCAUCUCAAGUAUCAUCUACCCUCUUCAUCACAAGUGUCAUCUGCCCUCUUCAUCCCAAGCGUCAUCUACCCUCUUCAUCUCAAGUAUCAUCUACCCUCUUCAUCACAAGUGUCAUCUACCUUCUUCAUCACAAGCGUCAUCUACCCUCUUCAUCUCAAGUAUCAUCUACCCUCUUCAUCACAAGUGUCAUCUACCCUCUUCAUCCCAAGAGUCACCUUCCCUUUGCAUCUCAAGUAUCAUCUACCCUCUUCAUCACAAGUGUCAUCUACCCUCUUCAUCACAAGCGUCAUCUACCCUCUUCAUCUCAAACGCUAUCUUUCCUUUACUCUUAAGUGUCAUCUUCCCCUUUCAUAUCAAGUGUCAUCUUCCCUUUUCAUCUAAAGUAUCAUUUUAA